AAGCGGUGUCGAAGCCGCCUGAUUUAUGCGGACUACAAUUCCCGAAAUGCCUCGCGCACGCGCAAGCGUCCUGGCUCCAGGACAGCGAGAUGACGGCUGUGGCGGCAGCAGGCGAGGCGUCUGAGGUUUUUCAGGAGUGUGGCUGCAAGGGUAUCCGGACCUGUCUGAUUUGCGAGAGGCAGCGCCAUGUUGACCCUCCCUGGCAGCUCUUCCCGCAGAAAACACACCGCUUCCUUUACUGUGUGAACACGGGCUGGGCCAUGGGGGCCGAGGAUUCGGACUUUGAGGGCUGGGCCUUCCCCUUUCCGGGGGUGACACUAAUAGAGGACUUUGUGACCUGGGAGGAAGAGGCCGAGAUGGUGCGCUUGAUGGACUGUGACCCUUGGAAGCUCUCUCAGUCUGGGCGGAGGAAGCAGGACUAUGGCCCCAGAGUCAACUUCCGGAAGCAGAAGCUGAAGGUGGCGGGCUUCCAGGGCCUGCCCAGCUUCAGCCGGGAGGUGGUGCAGAGGAUGGGCCUCUACCCCGGCCUGGAGGACUUCCAGCCCGUGGAGCAGUGCAACCUGGACUAUAGCCCGGAGCGCGGCUCUGCCAUCGACCCCCACCUGGAUGACGCCUGGCUGUGGGGCGAGCGGCUGGUGAGCCUCAACCUCCUGUCCCCCACCGUGAUGUCCAUGUCCCGAGAGGGGCCCGGCAGCCUGCUGCUCAGUUCAGCCCCUCCUGCUGGGCCCAAGGACAGCACAGACACCGCGAUUGCCCCCCACCAGUCUGUACUGUGCCAGCACGUGGAGGUGGCCAUCUCUGUCCCCCGCCGCUCCCUUCUGGUGCUGGCUGGGGCCGCACGGCACCAGUGGACACAUGCCAUCCACCGAAGGCACAUCACAGCCCGGCGCGUCUGUGCCACCUUCCGGGAGCUGUCGGCCGAGUUCCAGCCCGGGGGGAGGCAACAGGACUUGGGAUGCGAGCUCCUACAGAUCUCGUGCUCUUUCCAAGGGAGACCUGUGUGAGCUGCCAACCGGGCUGGAGGCACCAGGGCCUGCUUCUCCUCCCCUCAUUGGGUUUUGGGGGAAGCCUGCUGACCCUGAUGCCAUGGGUAGCAUAAGGCCUGUCCGGAGCCAGGUGAUGGAACUGUGCACGGGGUACUCCCUCAGACCUCUGUAGCCAUUUGGAGGGAGUGGGAAUUGAACUUUCAAAAUGCUGCUACAUGUGUGAAAUGACAUUUGCCUUUACCCAUCUCCUCGAAGUCUUCAGACACUUGCCAGUCAGGCUCGGGAGCUGGGGAGCUGGUGGGGCUGGUGGCAGAUGUGCAGUUCAGGCUUCAGGUGGGGGCAGCCCCGAGGUGGCUCAGCCUGGAUUGCACUAGUGCAUCCUUAGGUGGGGUUGUGAUGGGGAGGACAGUGGAGAGCCUGGUUCCUCUCACCUCCCCAGAAUGCUGUUAGAAAGUAGGGAAAAGGCUCUUUUCCCUCCUAGGACACCUUGAGGUCAUUCUUUUGAUGAGCUGUGCUGUCGGGGGUGCUUGCCUAGAAAAGGUGGCUUUCCUGGUCACCGCCAGCCGAGAGGGGGAGGCAAAAUACACUCAGCUCAGCACCACCUGCUGAGGUCCCCUGGGGGGAACAGGGCUGCAUCACCCCCAGGAAAGGGUCACAAUCAAGCCGCUCAAGUCACUGCUGAAAACUGCCAAGAGCUACCAGGCACCAUCUGCAAAGCGGCUUCCCAGCCACUGGCCAGGCUUAUCCUGCAAAGACCCUAUGAGAGCUGGCAGGUGCGGUAACACGUGCCUAUAAUCCCAGUACUCAGGAGGCUGAGGCAGGACAAUGCUACCUUUCAAGACUGUCUCAAAAAAAAAAAAAAAAAAAAAAAAAGAUGACCCUGUUAGAGGUGCCCUGCAGAUGGGCGUGGGCUCCUAGGCCACCAGGACUACUGCCUCUGUGUCCUUCCCUUGCAGCAUUGGGUGGAGGGUGGCUUUUCACCCCAUCUGGGUCCCUCACUGGAACCUGAGACACCAGCUGGCUGGGUCUGAGGGAGCCUCUGCCCGGCAGGCUGUGCCUCUGAGCUGCACCCUGGGCAGAGCCUGCAAUGUGCAGCCAAGGAGGGAGCCAAGCAGCAAAGAAACCUGUGAUUGCCAAACAUUCCCUGGCCCAGCCCACAGUUCUACAGAAUCCAUUUUAGGAAACAUCCCGCUAAGUGACAGUCAAGUUGGUCCCCAGAGAUGUGUGUUCAUGAAGCCAAUAGUAAACCCUGCUGUGUCCCACAGCUGCGUCUUUAAUCCAAAAUGGGCUAUUCCUGAGCCGAGCACAGUGGCCUAUGUCUGUAAUCCUAGCACCAAGGGAGGCUGAAGCAGGGAGAUUGCAAGUACAAGUAUUGCUUGGGCAACUGUGUGAGACCCUGUAUCAAUAAAAC